AUGUCUCCACCACCACAUGUCCUCAUUGUCGGCGCAGGCAUCGGCGGACUUCUGCUGGCUCAGCUGCUGCGCAAACAGGGAAUCUCUUAUGAGAUUUUCGAACGAGACGAAAACGACCACGACAGAUUGCAAGGAUGGUCCAUCGCAAUCCACUCUAUGCUGGACGAGCUCAAAGGUCUCCUGCCUAAUGAUCUUCCUCCAGUCGAAGUCACAAGCAACAUCUUGCCGUUGAAUCUGGUCCCCGAGUUCGCCUUCUAUCCCCAAGAUGCUUCCAGGAAGCUGGGCGUGCGUGAUGAGGGCAACGGUGAGAUCAUACGAGCAAAUCGGCGCCGCCUACGAGAGUGGCUUUCAACCAAUAUCCCCGUGCAGUACGACAAGAAGGCCAAAACGCUCGAGGAAAAAAAAGACUCUGUGACGGUUCAGUUCCAAGACGGCACGUCUGCGACUGGUUCCAUUCUCGUGGGCGCCGACGGAUCUCGCAGCAUUGUGAGACAGCAGCUCCUCGGCAAGCAGAACGAUCUGCUGCGCUGGGAGCCAGCAGCCCUGGUAACCGCAGACAACAUUGUGCUCAGUGGCGACGAUAUGAGAACCGCGCUGGAGCUCGGCCACUCGAUCUGGGGCGUCGACUUCAAGGACGCGGAAGGCAACCGCGCGUGGUACUUUGCCGCCCUCGACGAGAUUGCGCCCGACGGCAAGUCUGGCCGCUUCUACCAUCACAUGCUGUGGAAGGACGAGGCCGCCCGCGCAGACGAUUUCUGGGUCCAUUCUGCCACCAAGAAGCAGCUGUACGACGUCAUGGUUCAGAAAGCGGCUACUUUGAUCCCGCAGUUUAGAGUCUUGAUGGAUAAGACUGCCCCUGAGCACAUGAAGUCGCCUGGUAUCCGCUUUUCCACUCUGGUCAUGCCAACAAUGCCAAUCGGCCGCGUCACUCUGCUGGGUGAUGCCGCGCAUUCAAUGACGGCCUUCCGUGGAGAAGGUGGCUACCACGCCAUGAGGGAUGCCAUCAUGCUCUCUAAAGCGAUCACCAAAAUGGAGAAACUUGACUUUGAGAAUAUCAAGGAUGUUCUGGGUCAGUACCAACAUGAAAUGCUUGAACGUGGACGCGAAGCCGCAAGACUGUCUCAGAUGCAGAAUGCCCUCGAGGGGAACCAGACUGGCUCGGGCGGUCGCCUGAUUGCAGGCCACCCGGUGGUGGUGCUAUCUGAAAACCCAUUAGACAUUGUGAGCUAA